AGAAAAGUCUUGUACAUAAAAACCGACUGUUAUGUCUGCGUAUGUAUUUCGGCGCAAAUUAAGUUCCAGUUCCUUAUGUACGAGGACUAGUUUAUGGUUUGCUAUGCUGUAUUUUCACAGUGCUUUCUGGAAGCAGCAUGUGGUGUUGUCUAACUUGACUGUGCUGCGGCUGCUAACCAGUCCGGCGGCUUGUUCUCCGUCUAGUCGAUCCUGUCAACAGCACUGCAACCUGAGAAGGGAUAGCCAGUCAGUUGGCUAGCUAAGUUAGCUCCUCCGCUACCCUCUCUAGUAACCAAUUGUCACGACUCGUAUUUAUCCUGCUAGCUUGCGUGGACAUAUCGUGUUUAAAGUUGUUUCGACAAGAAGAGAGGAAAAACUGACUUUUAUCGUUUGGCUCCUUCCUCCCGUGUGAUAUGACAUCACGAUUUGGUUACAACAAAAGCCUGAGCUCUACAGCAGACGGUUGACAUCUGGUCAGGUGCUGUUACAAAGGAUGGCUGCUCAGGUGGAGGUUAAAACUGGGGAGGUAGGAAGGCCAGUGGCAGGAGGACGCCUUCACCUGAGUCCUCUGACUGACUCCAGCAAUAAGAGCCUUAUCGAGAUUUCAUCUAUCAAUCAGUCACAUAUCAUCACAUCAGAACCUAACAAACCUGUCCCCGGCCCCAAGCCACGACUGACUCCCAAACCUUUUGCUGUGGAGAAAAAUCCCACUAUUAAGCCCAUACUUGCCCCAAAACCCCAAACCAAACCCCGACCAGAGUCCACUCGCCUUGCUGGAUACAAACCUGAGCUUCCAAGCAGUCCAAAACCACAGCAACCAGUUGCUACCGGCAAACCUAGGCCAGUAUCAGCCAACCCCAAUCGUCCUGCCCCUACCUCCUUUAAAACAUCUAAUAAGGUCAAUGCUGGACAAACAACCAAGCCAACGGUCCAGUCAUUUAAACCAGCGCCUCCACUUGACCCUGGAGAUCCCAGCAAACCAACUUCCCCUGUGCCAGUAGAGGGGCAGAAACCUGCUGCCUCAAGCUUGGCCAAUUCCAAAAGUCUUAAAAAGCUUCCAUCUGCAGAGUGGUCUGGAACCACUAAAAAGGAAGACGAGAAUGGUCAGACAGCACAGAGUAAAGGUGGUACCGCUAUUACCAGAGCUAAGUCCAUGGGUUUUCUUGCUAAGGUAGGGCAAGAGGAAGAAGCAAAAGAAAAAGCUCUGCCUGAAGUUCCACUGCGACCCCAGACCAGAGGCUCCAGGCCCAGACCUGUUUCAGCCAUUUUUCCUGGCAGUCCCACUAAAGCAGAGACAUCAGUUCCAGCACCUCGCUGGGCCACAAGGCGACCCCUUUCAGCUGAUCUCACGUCCAAGUUUGAGUCUAUUGGUCUUUCAUUACACCGUAAAAGCCCUAAAGCAGAUACUAAAGAGAACACUCCAGAGGAGAAGGCAUUGCCACAGAAUAGAGAGCAAGAUAAAACCCCCAAGAGUACCACACCACAAAGAACUGAUGGUGUAGCUGAUCCUGUCCUCUCAGACCAAAGCAACAAAAAGGCAGAAGAAAUGAAAGAGACCGAUGAGGAUAAGCGUGGGGUCAGCAUUAAGUCUCGAAUCAGUCUUCUCCUCGAUUCAUCGACUUCUCCUGUGCCUGAUGCCACAGGCCAGGGGCCAGAUCCUCAGUCUCCAGUGCAGACGGUUCCUGAUACGGAACCACCGGUGGGUGUUAAGCAGCUCAUCAAGCAGCUAACAGAGGACACAACGCCAACUCAGAGCCCUGUCCUGAAACCAGCACUGAAGCCCCGCCCUCUGCCCCUUGACCUAACUAAAAGGUUUUCGUCCGAGAGGUCACCAGACCUUGUUUCCCUCACUGAGGCAGCAGACCGCCAUGAGAUCAGCAAAGAUCCUCAGAGGAGGGCUGAAGAGUCUGCUAUCACUCCUGAAGAGCCUGAGGCAAGACAGGCAUUUGGUGCCACUUCCAAGACAGGUGGUCCUGGUGUUGAGGUACAGACAGUGCGAGCAUCCUUGUUUGAAAAUUUUGUGGAGAAGCACAGUGUGCUGGUGAUGGACGAGGGCAACAAUGCCAAGGAUACACUCAACAGCCCGUCAUUUCAGAGAGCAGAUACGGAGGAUGAGGGAACUCUGGUCACCGCUACCUACAAAGAACCUGUAUCUCCAUCAAGUCCUAUGCGGGUGUUACAUGCCUUUGACACCGUGCAGGCAGUUGAAGAGAAUCGCGUAGUGAGUGAGAGCGUCCCAUCGGCUCAGUGGGAGGAUAAGGCCAUGACGCUCCGCUCCAGACGCUCAGAGGGGAGCAGGCCAGCGGCAGAGAGGACUGGUCCAGCACAAGGACAACCAGCUUUGACAGUGACGCCAGAACGGCAGCCACGGUAUCUGAGAGUAGGAGGUUUGCAGAAGUGGACCACCUCAAAUCUUGACCAAGAUGCUGGUUUAGAGAAAGGGAUGCUAAAGGAAUCGCAAAGGGAAGGAAAAGUGAGUUUAGAUAAGGAAAAAGACAGGCAGGGAGUGGCAGAGCAGGAUGAAGUGGCUGCAGCCCCUAAACGUUUUAAAACGCUGCAGACAGAAGAACAGCUGAAACCCAGGGCAACUUACUUUGCUUUGACCGGGCAAAUGCAGGAGCCAGUUUCUCCUGGAGAUGCAGAUACAAGCAUUGUUGACACGACUAUGCCCUUUGAUGAGUUCUCUGUGAGAUCAGCUCUGGGCAGCUCACAAGGGAAGGUUCUUCCAAUGAAGAGAAAUCCAUCAUUGGAUGAAGCUUUUGGAAAAAGCCCUCAAGAUCAAGUUGAUGAGCUGAUGAGGAGGAGCCAAAUGUCACCCAAACAGAUCCCAUCAGCAUCAGACAGACAGGCAAAAGAUGAAAUGAUUGAAGCUGGGAAAAAAAGAGAACUAAAAAAGGAGACAGAAAGACACAAGGCUAAAAUGAAAGAGCUUGAAAGGGAAAAACAGAAACAACUUGAAUUAGAGAAACAAGCCCAUUUAGAAUUUACACGAAUGAAGGAAAGGGAGAUGCAAAGAGAAUUUGAAAGGCAAAGACAGAAAGCGUUUGAAAAGGAGAAGCAAGAAUUUGAGGAGAAACAGCGUGCGAUGGAGAGGCAGAAACAGAUUGAACUCGAAAAACAGAAAUUGCAAGAAUUGGAGAGGGAGAAACAGAAAGAACUCGAAAGGGAAAAGAAACAGCGUGCCCUGGAAAGACAAAAACAGAUAGAGCUUGAGAAACAGAAACAAGAAUUGGAGAGGGAGAAACAGAAAGAACUGGAAAGACAGCGGCAACUGGAAAGAGAAAAACGCAGAGAACUGGAGAGACAGAGAGAGAUUGAAAGAGAGAAACUACAGGAAAUGGAGAGACAGCGUGACAUGGAAAGGCAACGACAAAGGGAGGAGGAGAGACAGAGAGAGCUGGACAAGGAAAGACGGCUACUAGAAAUCCAAAAGGAGAAACAGAGAAUGGAGGAGCUGGAGAGAAUCAAAGAGCUGGAGAGACAACAGCUCGCUGAAUUUCAAAAACAGAAGCAGAAAGAAAAGGAGAGGCUGCAGAUCCUGGAGCUUGAAAAGCAGAGACUUAGAGAGAAGAUGGAGAGAGAACAGGCAGAGAAAAUGAAACAAAUGGCAUUGGAACAGGAAAUGUUAAGAAUAAAAGAGAUUGAUAAAGAGAGAGAAAGACAAAAGGAAUUGGAGAGGGAGCGUCAGAAAGAGAUUGAGAGAGAAAAGCAGAGGGAGCUGGAGAAACAGCGGCAGAGAGAUUUAGAAAGGGAGAGACAAAGACAACUAGACAUUGAGAGACAGGAAUUAGAAAACCAGAGGCUGAGACAAGAACAGAAGGAGAAACAGCGUCAGAGAGACUUGGAGAGAGAGAGACAGAGACAAUUAGACAUUGAGAGACAGGAGUUAGAAAAUCAAAAACUGAAACAACGAGAACAGGAGAAGGAGAGACAGCGGAAGGAGGAUUUAGAGAGACUUAAAGAGAUGGAGAGAAGACAGCUCUUGGAAUUUGAAAAGCAAAAGCAGGCAGAAAAGGAUAGGCAACAAAUUAUGGAGCUUGAGAGACACAGACUGAAGGAGAAGAUGGAAAGGGAAGAGGUUGAAAAAAUGAGACACAUAGCCAAACAACAAGAAGCAGAGAGACAGAGACUGAAAGAGAAGCAGAGGAAAGAGGAGCAGGAGAGGCUGUGGUUGGAGUCGUCAUCUCUGAGGCCUAAAAUUGUUGAUCUGGACUCUGUGCUCAGAAAUGACCCAUUAUCUAAGGCUACUUCCCAACGCAGCGAUGCUGCGACACGCUGGAAGGAGCCUUACAAACCUGCCAUUCUUGACAUCGACUCCUUUACAUCUCAAGCUCAGCUCACCCCUAGUAAAGACUUGUUUACUCUGUCUAAUAUUCAGGGAUUAGAUGCUGAGCUGGGGGCGAGGUUACACCCCACACCUGAAAGAGAUGUUAGCUGGAAUGUACCAGCACAGACUUCAGGAGGUUUCUCAAGCCCAGUAUGGACAACAUCUCCUAUGGACCCAUGGGAGCUGCGGCCUAUUGAGAUGUCUGUGGACAAACCUGCGGAUGAACCUAGAAAACAUGCCAACAAUCUCAGCCCAGAGCAGCUCCUGCUCAGGCAGGAGGAUCAGCUCCUGACUCCACAGAAACACAGGUCUGCUGUGGUGGAUGACCUCUUCAACUUGACCCCUUUUUCUGGGGCAGAGGCCAAAGCCGGCAACCCUGCUGGUGGACUUUAUAACAACACUCCAGCAGAGCAGAUCUGGUUUCCCAGAGAGCUACAGCCUCCAGACAACAGGGGAGAGACCCAGAGCUACCGGAGAUCACAGGGAUCCCAGGAGUUGAACAGGAUGCGGUCUCGGAGUGUGUCACGGCGAUCAGCACCUUCAAGCAGUGCUGUGGAAGGAAGCCUUUCCAGGAUGAGGAGUCGCAGCGCCCACAGAGAGCAGGACCGACACAGCUGGGUGCAGCAGAAGCAGAGUGCCAGCGGUGAAGAGGAGGGGAAAGAGUCAGAAACACCAGUUCGUGACACUGACAGUCAGUAUGGUACCUGGGAGACAGGACUACGUACUGAUGACAGCCUGACACCUGCCACACCCAGUUCAGACAGCACUCUCAGUCCUUCACCCAGAAAGCCCACCCCACCCCACACACCAGGUGAUCGUACCUCACAGUUUGAAACCGAUGCUCUGGACGGCCUCCCUCCCUCAUCCUCAUCUGACAGCCAGCCGCUCCCGUUCCCCGAUGCUCCGACCUCUCUGUUAGACACCAGCGCUCUCCGCUCCAGAGCCCAACUUGGGAAGAAACGAGCCCCACGGACGCGACCCACUAGGGCGGUCCGUCAGAAUGCUGCGCUGGCAGAGGGAGGAGCCACUGAGGACUGGCUUUAUCGAGAUUCCACAGAGCCAAAGGCUGAGAGUAAAGACGAUGAGUUGGACUCGGAGGAGCAGCCCAGAGGACCUGAUGCUGGUCCUGCUGUUGCCUCACAGCCACAGAGGAUCGCCCUGUUCCCUGGUGUGGACCCUUCAGCUUUAAAGGCUCAGCUGAGGAAGAGGGGGGACUCUGACAAUCAGACUGAUGGACUGGCUCCCUCACCUUCCCAGCUUUCUCGCUCACCCAAGUCCCCCUUCCUGCCACGGGCAGCGAGGGUGCUGCCCCCACCUGGCGGGAAAGAAAAUGGCGAGGAGGACUCCCCCCAGUGGCUGAAAGAGCUGAAGUCCAAGAAGCGAUUGAGUCAGUAUGAAAAUGAGAGCUAAGUAAACAAUGAGGUUGCCUUAACAGAUGAAACAGAAGCCUUAACGUUUGACCCAGAGAGUAGGAGGGUAUGAACAGCUGCUGAUGUAUUUUUUUUCUCCAUUUGUUCUUUUCUUUUUCUUUUUUUGUUCUCUUUCCAUCUGGGUCGAUAAAUGUGCAUGGUGCCUUUUUUUUAUUGAGAGUCUCGGUUUUAUGGAUAAAGAAAAACAAGCAAAGAGAAAAACAUCAGGCUGCUCUGCUUCAUCCAUUUCAUGCUUGAACCUGUGGAAGCUCUUCUGCAGCAGAAGGGACUCCACAUGAACACUUUAAUAGGGACCAGGAGAAGUCAGAGAAAAUGGAGAAGAAGGCAACGAUCAGCAAUUAUUUCCUGUCGGGCAGCAUUUCAGGAAAUGGUUUAACUUGUGGGACCACGACAAUGCCUCUGUAUCCUGGACGUGCUUCAUCGCAUGCUGGAGGACAAUCCAGCCGAUCCUUUAGGAGAUGUAGUUUUUGUUUUUUUUACUCGGCUAAUAUGUACAAGCUGGCUACAUUUGCAACGGCCGUGUUUGUGUUAUCUUUGGAGGUUGUCAAAGGGAGUCACACAAGCAUUGACAUAGGAUAACAUUUCAAACACUAAUGAUUUUUGAAUAUAGAGAACAAAUCGCAACUGACUUGAUUGUCAGUGGGAGCGUGUAUCAUGUUAGUAUCUGUAAUCAGGAGAUGUUAUAUUUGUAUUAGCAUUGAUUUAACUAAGACAGAGAGCUAGUUUUGAAAGAAAAACAUUAAGAUACAGCACUAUGAUAGAGGCUCCACAGCCUUUUACUUUGAUACACUCCUCAACCUAACCGUUGCUGCAUACUGUGUAUCUUUAUGUCUGAUUAUCUGUUCGUCUUUGUGGAAGAGGGGGACUUUUGGACAAGUGACUUUGCAUCCUGUCAAUCAUGCACACUCCCAAUCAGCACAAAUACGCUCCUCAAUCUUGUAUGGAAACACUACUCUGCCUGUCUUCCCUCCUUUUAAUAGAUUAAUUGAUUGUAACAUCUGAUAUAAGCCAUACUUUCACUUUCACCCUCACACACUCUUCAAUCAUGUUUCGACAGUGUUUUUCCAACAAAUGUGCAAUUUUCCCUCUAUUUUCUCCCAAUUAUACGUGCAUGCACAAUCUUCGCUGUCACAUCAGGCUUGGGCUCAGAGCGUCGGGGUGUUGGCUUACACUACUCCAGUGGAGGGGCGGUUUAUUCACUCCACCCUUUCUUACAUGACUUCUAAACAAAUGUGAACAUUUGCACCUUCUUUACAGCUCCACUGUGUCUUCCUCCUCAUAUUUGCCAUCCACCCACUUAACUCUGCGCUUCUAUAAAGCACUUUGUCACUUGAUGCACUACAGCACUGACCUCUGCCCCCUCUGGUUGGCCGUGUGUCGUCUUCUGUAUCGUCGGCCUGCUAACGCAAUGCAAGUGAAUGUGUUGAUCGAGGCUUCGGAGCGACUGUCCCUGGUUUCUAUAUACAUGGAUGUUUUACUUUGUCAUAAAAUUUGAGGGUUUAUUUUUUAUGUCCUACUUUGUCCUUUUUUUUUAUUUGAAAGUAAAGAUGUAUAUUGCACUGUGUUGUACUGGCCAGUGUCCUAAAGUGAAUAAAUUCUUAAUAAAAUUUACUUGACUUGA